GCGGGGCCGGAGCCCCUCCGAGCGAGCCACCAUAGAGCAGGACGGAGGACCCAGGUCCUAGAUAAAUCCGGAAGUGGCGUCCUGAGGCGACUCUCGGCACCAUAGAGCUGGAGAAGGGUGGCGGUCAGGGGUCGCGGAGUUCGUAUGCCUAGAGCGGCAAGGAAGCGGUGGCGGCCCGGGAGGGGGAGGACAGGGAGAGGCGCGAGCGGAAGCGGCCAGGAAGGUCACUUCCGGCCUGGGCGCCCGUCCCCCUGACCCCAGGGUCUGAGUCGCCGCUGCCGCCGCUGCCGCCGCUGCCACCAUCCGCGAGGCAGGCGAGAGGAGGAAGGGUGCGGCGCGGCGGCCCCGGGGCCGAGGAGGCUGUUUCCUCAUCAGUCUCCUUAAGUGGAGGAACAUUGUUACUGUUCCUUGAAUAAGCCCGGUUCAUCAAGACUGCAAACAGUUAGUCCCAGGACGUUGAAUUGCUCUGCUGGGGACACCAAGUGGAUUGGAGAGACAUUCUCAAGGUUUCCAUGGGCCAGACCUACUGGGACCCAACAUGGAGCUGCGGGAAGAAGCUUGGUCUCCGGGGCCGCUGGAUUCUGAGGACCAGCAGAUGGCCAGUCAUGAGAACCCAGUGGGCAUUCUCAUCAUGGAUGACGAUGACGUCCCCAGCUGGCCCCCGACCAAGCUGUCCCCACCCCAGUCUGCACCUCCUCCCGGGCCUCCACCCCGGCCGCGGCCGCCUGCACCCUACAUUUGCAACGAGUGUGGCAAGAGCUUCAGCCACUGGUCGAAGCUGACGCGGCACCAGCGCACGCACACAGGCGAGCGGCCCAACGCCUGUAGCGACUGCGGCAAGACCUUCUCGCAGAGCUCACACCUGGUGCAGCACAGGCGCAUCCACACGGGCGAGAAGCCGUAUGCCUGCUCUGAGUGCGGCAAGCGCUUUAGCUGGAGCUCCAACCUCAUGCAGCAUCAGCGCAUCCACACAGGCGAGAAGCCUUACACCUGCCCCGACUGCGGCCGCAGCUUCACACAGAGCAAGAGCCUGGCUAAGCACCGGCGCUCGCACAGUGGUCUCAAGCCCUUCGUGUGCCCGCGCUGUGGCCGCGGUUUCAGCCAGCCUAAGAGCCUGGCGCGCCACCUGCGAUUGCACCCAGAGCUGUCAGGGCCAGGUGUGGCAGCCAAGGUGCUGGCAGCUAGCGUGCGGCGCGCCAAGGCACCUGAGGAGGCAGCGGCUACAGAUGGCGAGAUCGCCAUCCCAGUGGGCGAUGGCGAGGGCAUCAUUGUGGUGGGCGCGCCAGGGGAUGGCGCUGCAGCGGCUGCAGCCCUGGCUGGGGUGGGGCCGCGGGCCGCGGGGCCGAGGUCGCGGCGGGCGCCGGCGCCCAAGCCGUACGUGUGCAUGGAGUGCGGGAAGGGCUUUGGUCACUGGGCCGGGCUGUUGGCCCACCAGCGCGCUCAGCAUGGGGAUGGGUUGGGGGCAGUGGGUGGCGAGGAGCCUGCACACAUCUGCGUGGAGUGUGGUGAGGGCUUCGUGCAGGGAGCUGCGCUGCGGAGACACAAGAAGAUCCACGCAGUUGGGGCGCCUUCUGUCUGCAGCAGCUGCGGACAGAGUUUCUAUCGGGCAGGCGGGGAGGACGAUGGCGAGGACCAGUCGGCUGGUGGGCGGUGUGCCGAGUGUCGGGGUGGGGAGGCCCGGUAGGGAUGGGGACGCCCGGGGGGUGGGCAGGGCCCCUCGGGCUCAGUGGGGACUACCAGCAAGCAAGACCACGAGGCCCAGGGAGAGCCAGACGAAAGGAGCAACGUCUUCGUCUCCCUCCUUCCUUGCCCCAUGCUGUCUCGGGUGUGAGAGGACCCGCAGCCAUCAGGGCAGGUUCUCAGGACUGCCCACAGCCUCUCUGCUGACCUGCCCUACCUCCCAGCGGACCAGCACUCUGUAGGUUCCCAGCCUGGGAGCCAGAGACAGUAUGUGAGAGAACUGUAGAUCAAUCAGCAGGAGACCCUCAAGGGAGAGGCCAACCCCCACUACAGGUGUGGGAUCACGGUGUCCUAACGAAUGGAGGGAAUCCGGGCCUUGUGCAUCGAGAGGGUCUUCCUUCCCUUCUAGAAUUUUCUUUAAAUCAUACUUUUUUGACUGCUCCCAUCCGUUAAUUUUUCUGCCCCACGGGUCCUUGUGGAUUUUCUAGCCCAAGUCGUUCCUCUCCCUCCUGGAUUUACAGUAGCAGAGGAGUGAAAAAGUAGCCUCCUGCUCCCAGCACGGUCUCAUUGAGAGGACGGGGUCCUGUGUGUUCCCUGCCCUGGCAGUGGAAGAAGGGAUGCGGGGGCAAUAAAUGGCACUAUUCAAUUGUCCCA